AUGACGGCUGGUGUAAGACACCUUCUAGGCUUGACCUUGGCCAUCGUCAGCUUUGUGGGGACCAUUGUCAUCUGUGCUCUUCCACAGUGGAGAGUCACAAAAAUCUUCCAGCAAUCCAGCAUCGUUGCUUCCCAGGUUGCUAGAGCAUUCACUGUCAUCACCAUUGUCACUGGUGUCUUUGGGAUCCUGCUUGGUGCUGCUGGGAGCAAAUUCAUCAACUUUGUGCCAGACGAAAGGAAAAGGAGUAAAAUAGCUAUGGCUUCUGGAGUUGUUUGUCUCAUUGCAGGCACCUUUGUGCUAAUACCAGUCUGCUGGACCACCAUCGCCACCAUCCAGAAUAAUUUCAACAGCUUUCUGCCCCAUGGCACUCUGGAACUGGGAGCCUGGCUUUAUAUUGGCUGGAUCACCAUAGCACUUCUGUUCCUGGGAGGAGGCCUCCUCUGCAGCUCCUUUAUCUGCCGAGAUGGAACUGACUAA